ACUUGUGUCUGUGUGUGUACUUUGUCUCCAUGUCUGUUUGCUUAUCAAAUUUGAGUAUAAAUGUGUGUUGCCUUAAAUUUUGUACUGAGCAAAACACAGUGUUUUCGUAUAUAGGCCGCCAAGCAAAACGGUGUAGUCCUGCUGCAUUCGUUGGCUCUCCCAUUCCAAUCCCUGAAACUCUGAGCUGAGUUUGGGCAUGCCCCCAGUCCAGAAUAACCAAUUGAGCAGUCUGGUUUGCACAAUUUUGACAUAGGAUGGCAGCUGUUUCGCAGUCUGUGGUAACCUGUUCAGGUUUGAUUCAUCAUCCAGGUCAUGCUAAACUACCGUUUGGACAUAGGGGGACCAAGAUCACUGAUCACAACGCCAUUUCAGUGACGUGUAGAAGGAUUCGUAGAGAAGGGAUUCAAUGUUUGGCUGUACGUCGGGUUGGCACCGCAUAUGCUGCUUCUGUGGGGAAGGAUCAUCAUCAGUUGAGUGCUGAUGAUGGAGUACCUCAGGAGCCCUUCCUUCUGAGUCUUUUCAAAGAAACUGUGUGGUCUUUGAGGUCAUUAUUCAAUUUUCUGCUUGAGCAGCCAAGCCAGCUGAAGUACAUUGAAUGGCCAGGUUUCCGUAGCACGCUGAAGACUGCGACUCUCACUCUUGUUCUUGUGGCGUUGCUCAUCGUAGCACUUUCAUCAACUGACUCUGCCCUCAGUUAUUUGUUGGCUUUGAUUCUCAGGAGAAAACCAUAAUCAACUACUAAUACCUUUGUUAGUUAUUACCUUUGCAAGAUCACGUCAGAGAUGUAACUUUUCAUGUCUUUGUUAGUUACGUG